CUGUUUUGCUCAAAGGGCUGAUACAUACCGAAGACUUCAGGAGUUGAUCUUGACUAAUUACAAAUUUGAGCAAAUUCUCCAUUUUCAACAUUCGCCAGCCCAACUCUUUCAACACGAUUCAUGUCUUUCUCUUCAGCUUCUUCCAGGAACUUUAAACAAUCUGUCUUGUUUUGUUUUGUUUUUCUUUAAUUGCGUGCUUAUUCGGUAGUGCAUUGGAAUUUCGGAUUUCUUUCCAUUUUAGAUGGAAAUUUUUUAAUCUUAGUCGUACGAAUUUAGGAAUGGAGAAAUCGAACUGUGCGUUUUGGGCCUUUUUGUGGUCGAUAAUUGUUUUUGAUUUGUUUGUGAGAGUUACUUCUAAUGCCGAAGGUGACGCUUUGAAUACGUUGAAGACAAAUUUAAAAGAUCCUAACAAUGUUCUUCAGAGUUGGGAUCCUACCCUUGUGAAUCCCUGCACUUGGUUUCAUGUCACAUGUAAUAGUGAAAAUAGUGUGACACGUGUUGAUCUUGGCAGUGCGAAUUUGUCUGGUCAACUGGUUUCACAGCUGGGUCAACUUCCAAAUUUACAGUAUUUGGAACUUUAUAGUAAUGACAUAAGCGGAAAAAUUCCGGAAGAGCUUGGAAACUUGACAAACUUGGUGAGCUUGGAUCUGUACUUGAACAAAUUAAAUGGUCCCAUUCCACUGACAUUUGGCAAGCUUACAAAACUACGGUUCCUGCGUCUCAACAACAACAGUUUGUCUGGAACAAUUCCUAUGUCAUUAACUGCCAUUAUGUUACUGCAAGUCCUGGAUCUUUCAAACAAUAAACUAACGGGAGAUAUUCCAGUCAAUGGAUCCUUUUCACUAUUCACUCCAAUCAGUUUUCGAAAUAAUCUGUUUAAUCCUUCUCCGGCUUCUCCGCCUCCUCCCUUUCAACCAACACCACCUAGUCCAUCAGGUAAUAGGGUCACCGGAGCUAUUGCUGGGGGAGUUGCUGCUGGUGCUGCUCUGCUGUUUGCUGCCCCUGCAAUUGCACUUGCGUAUUGGCGACGUAGGAAACCCCAGGAUCAUUUCUUCGAUGUACCUGCUGAAGAAGAUCCAGAAGUUCAUUUGGGGCAGCUCAAAAGGUUUUCCCUUCGUGAAUUGCAAGUUGCAACAGAUCAUUUUAGCAACAGACACAUUCUGGGUAAAGGUGGAUUUGGUAAGGUUUAUAAAGGACGCUUAGCUGAUGGUUCUUUAGUGGCAGUAAAAAGAUUGAAAGAAGAGCGUACCCAGGGUGGGGAGUUACAGUUCCAAACAGAGGUAGAAAUGAUCAGCAUGGCUGUACAUCGGAAUCUACUUCGUCUACAUGGCUUUUGCAUGACACCAACGGAACGAUUGCUUGUCUAUCCCUUUAUGGUUAAUGGAAGUGUGGCAUCAUGUUUAAGAGAGCGGUCACAAUCGCAACCACCAUUAAAUUGGCCUGUAAGGAAGCGGACUGCACUAGGAUCUGCAAGGGGGCUUGCUUAUUUGCAUGACCAUUGUGACCCUAAGAUUAUUCACCGUGAUGUCAAAGCUGCUAAUAUAUUGUUGGAUGAGGAAUAUGAAGCUGUUGUUGGAGAUUUUGGGUUGGCUAAACUCAUGGAUUACAAAGAUACACAUGUUACCACUGCCGUACGUGGCACAAUUGGACAUAUAGCUCCGGAGUACCUUUCAACUGGAAAGUCAUCAGAGAAGACUGAUGUGUUUGGGUAUGGAGUCAUGCUUCUUGAACUCAUCACAGGACAGAGAGCUUUUGAUCUUGCUCGGCUUGCAAAUGAUGAUGAUGUCAUGCUACUUGAUUGGGUGAAAGGACUUCUAAAAGAUAAGAAAUUGGAACAGUUGGUUGAUGCCGACCUACAGGGCAAUUACAUUGCGGAAGAGGUGGAACAGUUGAUUCAGGUGGCUCUUCUUUGCACACAAGGCUCACCACUGGACCGACCAAAGAUGUCGGAGGUGGUGAGAAUGCUGGAAGGUGAUGGUUUGGCUGAGAGAUGGGAGGAAUGGCAAAAAGAGGAUAUGCGCCAAGAGAUUAGUCAUAUUUACCACCAUAAUAGUAACUUCGUUGAUUCAACUUCCCAGAUUGCCCCAGACGAAUUAUCUGGUCCUAGAUGAUACCUUUGUACUUCCUUUUGAAAGCCAAAUCUGUCCUUGGAAAGUGAUAUUGAUCCACAUUUGUGCAUAUAUUUGAUGUUCCUUUUUUUCUAAUGUCCAGUUUAUACUACAUAUUGUUGUAUCAGCUCAUACCACAUGUUGUAAUUUCUAUGGGGCUACCAACUCCAUUUUUUGAACUUUAGUUGCUAGCAGAUUGGACGGCACCCACACGUCAUCGUUAUGUAUUCAAAAUUUAGUAAAGAUUGUUAUAGGAAGGAUAAAGGCAUCUUUCUCCGCA